CCUUGGGACCCUGCGCUGAGCCCGAGGCUCCAGCGUCAGGGGGCCACGCUGCCGCUCCCAGAAGGCUCUGCGGGCGACCCUUCGAAGAGAGGGCGGGCGUCGGCCACGCGGUCAUGAGGAGGAGGCUGCGCCUACGCCGGGAUGCGUCACUCACGCUGCUCCUCAGCGCCGCCCUUGGCCUCUUACUGUAUGCACAGCGCGACGGCGCGGCCCCCACUACUAGCAUGCCGCAAGCGCGAGGGCGGGAGGCACAAAGACCCACCCCAGGUCCCCGAGCAUUCCAGGUACUGGACUCUGGCGCAGCCCCACCGGCCUACGAAGGGGACACGCCGCCAUCGCCCACUCCCACCGGCUCUUUUGAUUUCCGCCGCUACUUGCGCGCCAAGGACCAGCGGCGCUUUUCACUCCUCAUUAACCAACCUCACAAGUGCCGUGGUGAUGGUGCACCUGGUGGCCGACCUGACCUGCUCAUAGCUGUCAAGUCGGUGGCAGCUGACUUCGAGAGGCGACAAGCUGUGCGCCAGACGUGGGGUGCCGAGGGUCGCGUGCAGGGGGCCCUUGUACGCCGUGUGUUCCUGCUGGGGGUGCCCAGGAGUGCAAGCACCAAUAAGGCUUACCCGGAGGGGGUGGGCACACAGACACACUGGCGUGCACUGCUGCAUGCUGAGAGCCAUGCAUAUUCGGACAUCUUGCUCUGGGCCUUCGACGACACYUUUUUCAACUUAACACUUAAGGAGAUCCACUUUCUGGCCUGGGCCUCAGCCUUUUGCCCCAACGUGCGCUUUGUUUUUAAAGGUGAUGCUGAUGUAUUUGUACACGUGGGGAACCUGCUGGAGUUCCUAGCAUCGAAGGAUCCUGCGCAGGACUUGCUUGCAGGUGACGUAAUAGUGCAGGCGAGGCCAAUCCGUGCUAGGGCCAGUAAGUACUACAUCCCAGAGGCUGUGUAUGGCCUGCCUGCCUAUCCAGCCUACGCAGGUGGUGGUGGUUUUGUUCUUUCUGGAGCUACGCUGCACCGCCUGGCAAGUGCCUGUGCACAGGUUGAGCUCUUUCCCAUCGAUGAUGUCUUUCUAGGCAUGUGUCUGCAGCGCCUCCGGCUCACACCUGAGCCUCACCCAGCUUUCCGUACCUUUGGCAUUUCCCAGCCUUCUGCAGCACCACACCUGAGCACCUUCGACCCCUGCUUCUACCGCGAAUUGGUUGUAGUACAUGGGCUCUCAGCUGCUGACAUCUGGCUUAUGUGGCGCCUGCUGCAUGGGUCACAUGGGCCAGUCUGUGCACAUAGGCAGCCAGUUGCUGCAGGCCCCUUCCAGUGGGGCUCUUAGCCACCCAUCACAGUGCCAAGCUUCUCUUAGCCCCAGGAUGGAACAGAAGAGAGCCUGAAGGAGAUUCCUGUGUGAAUUAUUAAGGUGUGGGUUACUCUUUCCUAGAUUACCUGUGUCUGCCUCCUCAGAAUCCCAGGGUAUGGAAACUGAGUUUGGCAUUUCCUGUUGGCUCACACUACACAGAGGAGGUCUAAAAAACAAUGUAUUGGUGACCAGGAGUAGAGCUAUGGCUGAGGUGGAGGAAGACCAUGUCUUGCCCAACAGGCCCCAGAGCAAUGGACAUAUUUAAUCAUCCUAGUAGCACAUAGGUGUGUGUUCAGGUGGACGCUUGGUUUUGAACUCCUAGGAUGAUGCAGACACAUGCAGCUCCUCAAGGCCAGGUCCCACAGCCUUCAUGGACCUGGCAGGCAUUCUGUCAUAACUCAAUCUAGACAUGUUGCUUGCCACCUGCUUCUUCAAUUGGAUUCCCAGCCCUGCCUACAUUUUUAGAUCUUUCCCCUCUCAGGUCUGCUUUCCUGGGCCAACUCCAAUAGGAUCCAGGUCUGCCUGGUACAUCAUGGAUAGAGCCAUAUCAAGGACAACUAUGUCAUGUUCCUAAAGUCUUUCCCCAUAUCCUAUACCCAUACACUAUGCCAUUGUUAAAAGCUGUCCCGUCC